AUGACUUCUUUCGACUUUGCUGCGCUGCAUCGAUCGCUGCCGAUCGUUGAUAUAGACUCACAAGUGCGCUUCGAAGUGGACAAGUUUAUUCUUGAUCAUCUUUUCGGCCCUGAAACUAACAAUAGCAACGAGGCAGAAAUAGUCAUUUCAGAAGUCGAGGAAGACGAAGAAGACGAAGGAAUCGAGGAAGACGAAGAAGACGACGAAGAGGAAGCAAGGCUUAGCGGAGAUGAAUAUGAAGAGUCUGAGGAAGGCAUCGCAUGUGCCCACAGAGACAUUCUCCAGAGAGCUAUGGCUCAGCAUGGAGUCAUUACGAACCCGGGCCAAGGUAUCUGGGGCAGUCAAAUGGUGGAGCUCUUUGCGAUAGUAAAGCGAUUGAUCAAGUACGAAGAAGACAUCAUGGACCGCGCGAUGGAGAUGUUGAAAGAAGGGAUCGUCAUUCCCUGGAAUCUGGAGAUUGAAGAGCUUCCUUACACUCACAAAGACCUCUUUUUCCUCCAUCAGAAAUGUCUUUCUGAGCACGAAGGGGACGACGACGAUCUAAGAGACAUAAGAGAUCUUCUCUGGAUGCCAAUCAGGGACUUUGACGAGAGCAAGGAAGAACUUCUUGCGAAAGAUGACAAAUUCAAGGAGAUCUGGCAAGAGCACAUAAAAAUGCUCUCCGAAUCAGAAUCGACAACUGAUAACGAGAAGAAGCGUCUACGAGAGUUAGAAAUUCCUUCGUUGGCGAUUCCAGCUGAAUUGGACGACGACGAUGAAUUGUUAUCCGAUGAAGAUGAAGAAGAAAAAGAACCGCAAGCAGCGCAGACUCCUCCAGCUUCUCAAUCUCUCAGUCAAGUGAGCUGGAACUACUGGAAUGACUGGGAUUCCAGGCUUGGAAAUGAGACCAGUGAUGAAAGCACCGUCGAGUUUCAGGAAACCGACGACGACGCUACCCCUCCACUUUCUCCUCCACUUUUCUCCAGUACCCAAGAUGAUCUUUUGGCCCAAGAUCGAGGACAAGUGCCCGCCAGUGAUGCUCCCAUUGAUGUUUCUCAACUGUCUUUGGAAGGAGUCCUUUACGACAUGGUCGACAAAAGCUGCCCCUAA